AUGUCUCGUGUUUCUGUCUCGUCCUGUGACUCAGCGGCGGAGGCCUACGACCCAAAACCGCUAGAUUCAGAAUACUCACAGGCAAACCUCAACAGACAGGCUACCAAUGGCUCUGGAGUGUCACGGAUCCUAGAAGGCCUCAGGGAUGAACACCAGCAGGACAACGAGGAGAAUCUGAUCAAGUCGGCCGUUCCGCUUGCCGAGGAGGCCAUCUACGACGAAAUGGACCGUAUCUCUCGGGAGCUCACUAGACUGAGUAAGGAUAAGGAGCCCCGUUCUGAUUCUGUAAGUGAGGAGUCCCUGGAGGCCCUGGACCACCCGAUCGAUGGGUCUUUUGCAUUGUGGCAGGCUGUAUUGACGAUGCUUUUGGUUUUCCUGACCUGGGGCGCCAACGCCGCUUUUGGUGUUUUCUUGAACUACUACAUGUCCAACAGCCUGUUUCCUGGUGCCACGAAUUUCGACUUUGCACUUAUAGGUGGCAUCGUGGUGUUUUUGGCCCAGGCCUUGGCGCCCAUAUGCUGCUUUCUCAUUAGUAUGUUUGGCCAAACGCCCAUUCUUCUAGCGGGGUUGGUGCUCCAGACUCUAGGCUACAUUUUAGCGUCCUUCUGCACGAAACUCUGGCAAAUCUACUGCUGCCAGGGUGUUCUUGUGGGCUGCUCCUUCAGUUUAAUUUUCAUUCCCGGCACGUUGGUGCUUCCGACGUGGUUCCAAAAACGAAAGUCCACUGCGAUGGGAAUCUGUGUCUCUGGUGCUGGUUUGGGAGGGUUGGUCUUUUCCUUGUCCCUCAACAAGCUCAUUUCUCAGACGGGAGAUCAGAGGUGGCCCCUUCGUAUGGUGGGCUUUGUUACACUCGCUACCACCUUGUUUGCAAUCUGCUUCCUAAGGCCCCGGAACAAGAAGACAAUCGACUUCAAUACUUCAAGAGUCACCUGGGAACGUACGGUCGCAAUCACCAAAGUCGUUUUCAACCCUGAGCUCUUCAAAUCGCUCCACUAUAUUGUUUUGGGCUUCUGGUUUGGCUUGUGUCUCUUGGGCUACGUCAUCUGUCUCUACUCCUUCUCACCCUAUGCCUCAUCCAUAGGCUUGACUCACGACCAGUCCAACAACCUUUUGGCUAUUUUGAAUGCUGCACAAGUCGUUGGUAGACCGUGCGUGGGGAACAUUGCCGACUACUGUGGAAGAACAAACACCGCCAGUUUCUUCUGCGUGUAUUUGGCCAUUUUAAUUUUGGCAUUCUGGCGCCAUGCUACGUCGUACGCAGCUCUCAUUGUGCUUUCAGUCUUACUCGGCGGCCCUGCCGGUGUUGGUUCGAUCAUGUCCCAAUCGCUCGGCGCUGACAUUCUAGACGCUCAAGAAAGACCCCACCUUAUGCCUGCUGCAUGGUCGGGUCUCAACAUUAUUGUCUCCAUCUUCUCGCUCCCUUCAGAAGUUAUAGCCAUUGCAUUGAAGGAGGAGGAAAACGCCAAUCCCUUUGACCAUGCCCAGGUGUUUACUGGGUGCAUGUUUUUACUAGCAUUUUUACUUCUUCUUUUCAACCGCGAGUACCUCGUGAGAAAGAAAUUUCAAAAAAGAAGAGCGCAAGCUGAAGCUUCGUCGGGCUACUUGAAGGCGACUGACCUUGUGGAGGAUGAUGAGAAAGAGCUUACGAAGGCCCGCAUGGAGCGUUACGACAGGUUACUCCAAAACAACAUCAAGUAUUAUUUCAUCCGCAUGUUGUACCCCGUCAUUGUUUGA